AUGGACGAGACGAGUCCGCUUGUCUCUCCUCUACGUGACUCAAAUGAUUACAGCUACGGUCCCACAGAGCCUGCCAGCCCGCGGGGCUCCUUUGGAGGCACGCCGGGCUCUGUGGUGCGCAUCCCCGCCGGUAGUCCGAGUCGCAGUCGCGAAAGGCAGCCGCUGUUGGACCGGGACCGCGGCACUGCGUCGCGGGAGCCGCAUCGGAAUGAAUUCCCGGAGGAUCCCGAGUUCCGAGAGAUCAUCCGCAAGGCCGAGCGAGCUAUCGAGGAGGGGAUCUACCCAGAGAGGAUCUACCAAGGAUCCAGUGGUAGCUAUUUUGUCAAAGACUCGCACGGGAAGAUCAUCGGUGUGUUCAAGCCGAAGAAUGAAGAACCCUAUGGCCAGCUUAACCCGAAAUGGACUAAGUGGCUCCAGAAACUGUGCUGUCCAUGCUGUUUUGGUCGUGACUGUUUAGUUCUAAACCAGGGCUACCUCUCGGAGGCCGGUGCUAGUCUGGUUGACCAGAAACUAGAGCUCAAUAUUGUUCCAAGGACCAAGGUGGUAUACUUGGCAAGUGAGACGUUCAACUAUAGCGCCAUAGACCGGGUCAAGUCUCGAGGGAAAAGGCUUGCCUUGGAGAAAGUCCCAAAAGUGGGUCAGCGCUUCCAUAGGAUUGGGCUGCCUCCUAAGGUUGGCUCCUUCCAGCUCUUUGUUGACGGAUAUAAGGAUGCAGAUUUCUGGCUUCGCAGGUUUGAAGCAGAACCUCUUCCAGAGAACACCAACCGUCAGCUUCAGCUGCAGUUUGAGCGCCUAGUAGUACUUGAUUACAUCAUCAGGAAUACAGACAGGGGAAAUGACAACUGGCUGCUCAAAUAUGACUGCCCCAUGGACCCUGUAGGGAACCGAGACACUGACUGGGUUGUAGUGAAGGACCCAAUAAUUAAGCUGGCAGCCAUAGACAACGGUCUAGCUUUCCCUCUCAAACAUCCUGACUCUUGGAGAGCAUAUCCUUUCUACUGGGCAUGGCUCUCCCAGGCCAAAGUUCCUUUCUCUCAGGAAAUCCGGGAACUUGUUCUGCCAAAACUAUCGGACCCAAAUUUUAUUAAAGACCUCGAGGAGGACCUCUAUGAACUAUUCAAGAAAGAUCCUGGUUUUGACAGAGGACAGUUUCACAAGCAGGUCGCUGUCAUGAGGGGCCAGAUUCUGAACCUGUGCCAAGCACUAAAGGAUGAUAAAACACCCCUCCAGCUGGUCCAGAUGCCCCCGGUGAUCGUUGAAACAGCCAGAGCCCCCCAAAGAGCCAAUAGUGAGUCAUACACGCAGAGUUUCCAGAGUAGAAGACCUUUCUUUACCUGGUGGUAG